UGCGUGGCUUUGAAAGGGAUUGGAGGUUGUCCCGCUAAUUCAGGAUUAAUCCGUAAUAUAACAUCACGAACUGACAGCAAACCCGUUUUCGAAGAACCACAAGGCAGGCCCUUUUCAGCAUGGAGGCGGAUCUCUACGACGAGUUUGGGAAUUACAUCGGGCCCGAGCUGGACUCGGACGAGGACGACGAUCUGGAGGCGGAGGAUCGCGAGGCGGAUGAGGCCGACGAGGAUGAAGACGAGGAGCCUGCAGACGCUGAUGAGGAUGUACCCGGCAUGGAGGUGGUGCUGCACGAGGACAAGAAGUACUACCCCACAGCAGAGGAAGUGUAUGGGCCGGAGGUGGAGACCAUUGUGCAGGAAGAGGACACGCAACCCCUCACAGAGCCCAUUAUCAAGCCCGUGAAGACCAGGAAGUUCACCCUGAUGGAGCAGGAACUGCCGCACACCGUCUACGAGAUGGAGUUCUUGGCAGACCUGAUGGACAGUUCGGAGCUGAUUCGCAACGUCACUCUCUGCGGCCACCUGCACCACGGCAAGACCUGUUUUGUGGAUUGCCUGAUUGAACAGACGCACCCUGACAUCCGCAAGAGGGACGAGAUGGACCUCCGCUACACAGACAUCCUCUUCACAGAGCAGGAGCGCGGUGUGGGAAUCAAGAGCACCCCUGUCACCAUGGUACUGCCUGACUCCAGGGGCAAAUCGUACCUGUUUAACAUCAUGGACACGCCAGGUCACGUGAACUUCUCGGACGAAGUGACAGCGGCGAUCCGCAUCUCUGACGGCAUCGUGCUUUUCAUCGACGCAGCAGAAGGAGUGAUGCUAAACACAGAGCGCCUGAUCAAGCACGCCGUACAGGAGAGCCUGGCCAUCACCAUCUGUAUCAACAAAAUCGACCGGCUCAUCCUGGAGCUCAAGCUGCCGCCCACAGACGCUUACUACAAACUGCGGCACAUUGUGGACGAGGUCAACGGCAUGCUCAGCACUUACUCCACAGAUGAGAGCGUGGUGGUGUCCCCCCUCCUGGGUAACGUCUGCUUUGCCAGCUCUCAGUACAGCAUCUGCUUUACCCUCGGCUCCUUCGCCAAGAUCUACUCCGACACCUACGGGGACAUCAACUACACAGAGUUUGCCAAGCGGCUUUGGGGAGACAUUUACUUCAAUCCUAAAACGCGGAAGUUCACCAAGAAGGCCCCCAACAGCAGUUCGCAGCGCAGCUUUGUCGAGUUCAUCCUGGAGCCGCUCUACAAGAUCCUGUCCCAGGUGGUGGGGGAUGUGGACACCUCACUGCCACGUGUCCUGGACGAGCUGGGCAUCCAUCUGACCAAGGAGGAGCUGAAGCUCAACAUCCGGCCUCUCCUCCGGCUGGUGUGCAACCGCUUCUUUGGCGAAUUCACUGGUUUUGUGGACAUGUGUGUGCAGCAUAUCCCAUCACCGCAGACAGGCGCCCGCAAUAAGAUUGAGCACAGCUACACCGGUGGCCUUGACUCUGACCUGGGGGAGGCCAUGGCGGAGUGUGACCCUGAUGGUCCACUCAUGUGCCACACCACCAAGAUGUACAGCACGGAGGAUGGCGUGCAGUUCCACGCUUUCGGCCGUGUGCUGAGCGGCACCAUCCAGGCCGGCCAGCCCGUCAAGGUGCUCGGGGAGAACUACACGCUAGAGGAUGAGGAAGACUCGCAGGUGUGCGCUGUCGGACGCCUCUGGAUCUCCGUGGCCAGGUACCAGAUAGAGGUGAACCGGGUUCCAGCAGGAAACUGGGUUCUCAUCGAGGGCUGCGACCAGCCGAUCGUCAAAACAGCCACCAUCACAGAGCCGCGUGGCAACGAGGAGGCCCAGAUCUUCAGGCCCCUCAAGUUCAAUACGGCGUCGGUGAUUAAAAUUGCUGUCGAGCCCGUCAACCCAUCUGAGCUCCCCAAGAUGCUGGAUGGACUGAGGAAGGUCAACAAGAGCUACCCCUCCCUCACGACCAAGGUCGAGGAGUCGGGGGAGCACGUCAUCCUUGGCACGGGAGAGCUGUACCUGGACUGCGUCAUGCAUGACUUGCGCAAGAUGUACUCGGAGAUUGAUAUUAAGGUGGCUGACCCUGUCGUGACCUUCUGUGAGACGGUUGUGGAGACCUCCUCCCUUAAGUGCUUCGCUGAGACACCCAACAAAAAGAACAAGAUCACCAUGAUUGCUGAACCCCUGGAAAAGGGGCUGGCUGAGGACAUUGAGAAUGAGGUUGUGCAGAUCACCUGGAACAGAAAAAAGCUUGGAGAGUUCUUCCAGACAAAGUAUGACUGGGAUCUGCUGGCUGCCCGUUCGAUCUGGGCUUUUGGACCCGACACGACAGGACCCAAUAUUCUCGUGGACGACACUCUGCCCUCUGAGGUGGACAAGGCCCUUCUGGGCUCCGUGAAGGACAGCAUCGUUCAAGGUUUCCAGUGGGGCACCAGGGAGGGACCGCUGUGUGAUGAGCCCAUCCGGAAUGUCAAGUUCAAGAUCCUGGAUGCGGUCAUUGCCCAGGAACCACUGCAUCGAGGCGGCGGACAGGUCAUUCCCACAGCCCGGAGGGUGGUGUACUCCGCCUUCCUCAUGGCAACUCCCAGGCUGAUGGAGCCCUAUUACUUUGUGGAGGUGCAGGCACCAGCUGACUGCGUGUCUGCCGUGUACACCGUGCUGGCCCGCAGGAGGGGUCACGUGACACAGGACGCCCCCAUCCCGGGCUCACCGCUCUACACCAUUAAGGCCUUCAUCCCAGCCAUCGACUCCUUUGGUUUCGAGACCGACCUUCGCACACACACCCAGGGCCAGGCCUUCGCCCUCUCCGUAUUCCACCACUGGCAGAUCGUACCCGGUGACCCCCUGGACAAGAGCAUCGUGAUCCGUCCUCUGGAGCCACAGCCUGCUCCUCACUUGGCCCGAGAGUUCAUGAUCAAGACCCGUCGGCGCAAGGGCCUAAGCGAGGACGUCAGCAUCAGCAAGUUCUUCGACGAUCCUAUGUUGUUGGAACUGGCCAAGCAGGACGUCGUGCUCAACUACCCCAUGUGAGCUCCGCCACCCACCCCCGUGUAACCCUUUCACCUGGACACCUUCCUCCUUCUCGCCGCUGUCGAUUUAACUUGUCCUGCCCCUGAGAGCGAGGCGAAUCAUGGAGAGAAUGAAGCAAACGCCUGCAGGAAGGUAUCACACAUGGCGCUCAGUCUGCAUUGCUGUUGUGAAGUACAUUUUUAGAGCUCCUACUUUUUAAAAAAAAAAAAAAAAAAAAACUCUGUGAACUCAAUUUGUAGAAAAUAUGUUGGGAAACAGGCUUGACCUUUUUUUCUUGCUGUGAUCUGAUGUAACUGAUGUUGUACAUGUUUAAAUAAAACCCACGCCUGUUGAACCAAAAA